UCAAUCCUCUAUGGAUCCACAGUCCUUAGAGAGGAGGUUCAAUCGAUUUGAGAGCAACAUUCAGAAUAUAGAGAGCAGAUUCUCGAGGAUCGAGGACAUACUGCUCUCUCUCACAGGCAGGCAACAGCCUGGCGACGAUAAUACUGCCACCAUUCGAGCUGCAGUUGCCCCAGAUGCCCCUGCAAACGACGCCUCGCUCUCGACUCGCGUCAAUCCUGCCCUACCAACCCCGAGUAAUAGCGAUGACCGCUCUAAUCAGUCAAGGACGAAUACUCACGAACCCAUGUCGAGACUCUGGCCUGUGAUCAUCCAAGAAGAUACCGUGGACGGAAUGGGCAGCAUCAUCUUUGCGGAUGAGGCAAAGUCUGGCUUUUUCGGCCCUUCUUCAAAUUCCUCAUUUGUCAGCAAGGUCGCCAAAGCUCUCGCUUCAGGGUCAGGCCCAGUUCGAGGAGGUCGAGACUUCUCUCGAGAUCUUGAAGGUAAACUGUCACGGCCUUCAUCCCCACCAUCUCUGACCAGGGGCACUGCUGCUGGCGUGGAUCCUUACGUCUUGCCUCCACGUGGAGAGAGCUCUAGACUCGUCGAAAUCUUCUUCUCCUUCACCGGCCGGUUCUUUCCAUACAUUUCUCGAAGCAUGCUUACUCAAGUUCUCAGCGAGCUUGAUCCAAAUCGACUAAGUGGUGUACGGAAGUCUACCUUAUGUCUUCUCAAUGCCGUUUUCGCCAUGGCAACUAGUCUUGAUCGCCUAUCAGGGCGCCCCGCGAAGCAACGAGAUACAGAAUCCGAUAUCUUCUUCCAACGAGCCUUGGUGUUGUCGCCGUGGACGAUCUCGAACACUGCCAACUUGGAGACUUUACAAGCAUUAACCGUAAUGACGCAAUAUCUCCAAGGCUCAUCAAGAUCAGCACAGACAUGGAAGUUGCAUGGCCUCCUUGUCCAGGCUGCAUUUCAGCUAGGGGUCUACACGAAAGACUCCAAUUGUAAAUUGUCUGCCUUUGAACAGGAAAUUCGGACGAGGAUCUGGUUUACCUGUGUGAUACUUGACAGGAUUUUCGCCACUACAUUCGGCCGACCUCCAUUGAUCCACGAUGAACUUACACACAUGGACAUGCCACUUGAUGUGGACCUUGACGACCUCCCUAAGGAUCGUUCACCAUAUCAACCGCUCACCGAUCCUAACAGAGAACCUUCUUCGUGUAUUAUCUUUAAUCCCAGCAUACGUCUUUAUUGCCUGCAGGGCGAAAUUCUCAGCAAAGUUUACAACGGAAACAAGACCGAUUCUCCUGGUCUGCCGCAAGGGGAGCUGUUCAGCAGGAUCAUCGAGAUCGAUUAUGAACUAGAACGUUGGAAGUCCGCGUUACAUCUUUCAACAAGUCUGAUUCCGCUCGAAUUUCUGGAAGGAAUGGACCCUGAUAAUUGGGUCUAUUCGAAAGUUCAAACAGUCCUCACCCUCCGAUUUCUGAGUGUUCGCAUCUUGCUCUUUCGAAAAGCCGUAGAGAACACACUUGACUCAAUCACAAGUGUCGGGGGUGUUCUCAAGCCGAUUGACUGUUCGAUGCCUGUGAGCAAGAUGAUAAUCCAGGGUUGCACUGAGGCAUGUAUGCAGACAAUAACCAUCAUCUGCAAACUUGGCCCCAAAGCGCAUCUCCUUCCUGCUUGGUGGUAUUCAGCAUAUUAUGUCUUCAGUUCAGCAUUAAUCAUUUUCGGCAUCAUCUGUUUGCAAACGUCUGGAGAUACAGAUGUGGGGACUAAACCUGCAGCAGAGUUGCUAGUAUGUCUCCAAACAAGCCUAGGUGCGCUUGACGUGAUUGGAAAGGAGACCCGGAUUGUCCGAAGAUGCUCCAAGUAUCUACGAAAAAUGGUUCAAGUUUCUACACUUCUCGUGCGAAAUCAUGUCCCUCCUCAGCAGCUCGGCACAGACGUGUCUGCACUCAUCAAUUCUUUGCCCGUCGGCCACCCACCUUCAACGAUCGAUGGAAGUGAUCAAUCGCCGUUUCAAACAGAAUUUGGUCCGUUCUUAGUGGACGAGGACUAUGCCUUUCUGGAUGCCUGGUCAGACCUCAAUUUCUAG